AUGGACAAAAGCGAAUUGAGAGACGAAUGGAGAUCAUUUUGCACAGAUUACGCUUCCAAAGAGCCAGAAUCCCGGCAUGUGAUUCAUAAAUACGUAGAUGCCUGCUCUGGACCAGCUGUCCUCAAGCUCAUCUCAGCUGCCACGGCUGAGAAAAAGGUUAAAUUGGUCCACCCGGCCUCUAUCGCCGAUCCCGAGGCUCUGAACAAGAUUACCGUCGUCCAUCCAAAACUUCUCUCCAAAAUCGAUGAGGAAGACUUCGAUAUUGAGUCCUUCGAUAACGAUGAGAUGGGUGAUGAGAAGUUCGAUAUUGAUAGCUUUGUUAUGGAUGAUGACUUCCAUAUCGGUGAUUUUGAUAUCGAUUGGCAUGACUUCGCUUAUAUGAUAGACCUUGAUAAAAGCACAUUUGAGAUUUAUGACCCGCAGAGUACUGAUCCCGUGUGCGAGUACACUUUUGCAGAAUUAGAAAGACUUACUGAAGCAGAGUUCAUUGGUCGCUAUUACAAAGAUAUAGAGGAUGAGGAGGAUCCAGACAAUACGCCACAAUAUAGAUUUUUGCUCGCGGGCUCUUUUGGUCGUCAUUCGAAUAAAACGUUGGUGAUCAUCCAACUCACUUAG